GGUGGCCAAUCAGCGUCGAGUAAAAGAUGGCGUCGGUGAGGAGACGCCGAGGAACGAGAGCCGAGCGCCGUACGGUCGGUAAACACCACUGGAACCGACUUCAUUGCAAUUGAGACAACGGCGGCAGUUGAUGUUUAUCGCCCAACGUACACCUGGAAGUGAUCCUCAGCGGUGUCGGUGCUUCCGCUCCUGGUUUGCUUGCUAUUGUUUUCGGCCUCAGGGGUAGCUCGUUAGCGUCAAGUUGGAAAAAGCUCCGCUCGCGCAAGCUAGCCGAGUAGCUUCAUCGGGUUCCUGGAUUGUUCUCAUGGACAUUCAUGGACUCAAAACAGCGACAAAAACACGUUCUGUAUUUGUCUCGUUCUUUUCUGCUUUCUUUUCACCUUAUGACCCAAUAUGUGUGAAGUGGAUUAAAAGUGAAGUGGUGGAGUAGAAAAAGGGGGGGACCAGCCUAACCGGAGCCAGUUGGCUGUCAUGUAUUUCCUCACCGGCUGGCCACGGAGGCUCAUGUGCCCGCUGAAGAGCGCGGAGGAGCCCUUCCACAUCCAGCCCAGUUCGCAGCGCUUCUACUUCGCCCUGCUUUCCGAAACGCAGCUCAGCAUCUGGUUCAGUCGGCCGAGCGUUUUGAUUGCGAGCUACGUCGAGUCUACCAAGGCAGUGGCGCAGUUUGGAUUCUACCAGAAGGCCGAAUGGAAACCGGACGACUCCAUGAUAGCCGUGGCGACCGCCAAAGGCUACGUCCUCUUGUUCUCUGUACUGGGCGCUGGGGAUGACAAGAACCUCUACGAGCCAAUCUACCCAAAGGGCAGCCCCCGUGUGAAGGUGACCCCGGGUUACAAGGAGGAGCAAUGCGCCCCCGCUUUGUCGCUGGAGAUAAAGAACCCUGUCGAUCUGGAGGCCCCCGUCACCAGUCUCCAAUCCCUCCAGGAGGAACUACUGGUGUGCACGGCAGACGGCUACCUCCACGUGCUGCAUUGGGACGGCCUGGGCGGCAACGGACGCAAGGCCAUCUGCCUCACCGCUGUCCCCUUCUCGCUCGACCUGCAGUCUGCCAGAGGUGGCCCGUCUCUGGAUCUGGAAGGCGUUCAUAUCCGCUGCGUGGAGUACUGCGAGACGCUGGACGGCUUCGCCGUGGUGCUCAGCGACGGCCGUCUGGGUUUCAUCACGCCGCUCAGCAGCACCAUCACUGCAGACCAGCUGCAGGGCGUGUGGGCCGCUGAUGUGAGCGACGGCACGUGCGUGGCUGUCAACAACAAGUACAGACUGAUGGCAUUUGGCUGCGCCAGCGGGUCGGUGCUGGUUUACAUGAUCGACACUACAACCGGGUCUAUGCAGCUCUCCCACAAACUGGAACUGACCCCAAAACACUACCCAGACAUCUACAACAAGACGGGUCCAGUGAAGCUCAUUUGCUGGUCGCCUGACUACAGUGUCGCCAUGGUGACGUGGGAGUGCGGCGGCCUAUCGCUGUGGAGCGUCUUUGGCGCUCAGCUCAUCUGCACGCUGGGAGAGGACUUUGCGUAUCGAUCUGACGGCACCAAGAAGGAUCCACUUAAAAUCAGCUCCAUGAGCUGGGGAGCAGAAGGCUACCACUUGUGGGUUCUUCCCGCCAAGCUGGUGAGGAGGCGAACACAGGAGGAGCAGGAAAAGGAGGAGAUGACGGAGGAAGCGCAGAUGACCACGCCGUCGCCGCAAGCUGGCAUCUUACAGUUUCACUUCAUCAAGAGCGCCCUCACCGUCAACCCCUGCACGAGUAACCAGGAGCAGGUGCUGCUGCACGGCGAGGAUCGCCUCUACUUGACGUGCGGCGACAUGGCGCAGGCCCACAGCAGGUCCGACACGCAGCAUCAGCAACGCUUGGACCCUCACGACGAAAGCCCCCCGCACCCUCACCAUCACCUCAACUCCCCCCUAUCUCAGGGACUUAGCACUUUACUGGGACACAAGCACUGGCACGUGGUCCAGAUUCAUAGCACAUACUUAGAGAGCAACUGGCCUAUACGGUUUGCAGCCAUAGACACAGCAGGGCAGUGCAUGGCUGUGGCAGGAAGGCGAGGCUUUGCACAUUACUCCUUGUAUACCAGGAAAUGGAAACUGUUUGGAAACAUCACUCAGGAGCAGAACAUGGCGGUGACAGGCGGUCUGGCUUGGUGGAACGACUUUGUCGUGGUGGCCUGUUACAAUUUCAUCGACCAGCAAGAGCAGCUGAGAUUGUAUCAGCGCUCGUCGAACCUGGACAACGCCUUUGCGUCGGUCACCAAACUGCAUUCUGAUACGCUGCUGCUCAACGUUUUCCGGGACGUGGUCAUCCUGUUCCGAGCCGACUGCUCCAUCUGCCUCUACAGCAUCGAGAGGAGGAGCAACAGUCCUAACCCGACAGUUAGUGUGGAGCUGCUACAGGAAGUAUCCAUGUCCCGCUACAUCCCCCACCCCGCCCUGGUGGUCUCUGUCACGCUCACCUCGGUGCGCACCGAGACGGGCAUCACGCUGAAAGCCCCGCAGCAGGCCUGCAUGGCAGAGAGCAUCAUGUUGAACCUGGCCGGCCAGUUGAUCAUGCUACAGCGGGACCGAUCCGGGCCGCAGGUACGAGAGAAGGAGACGCCUGCCAACAACAAGAAGCUGCUACCAUUCUGCCCACCGGUGGUGCUGGCCCAGUGCGUGGAGAACGUGUGGACCACCUGUCGGUCGGACAGGAAGAAGCGGCACCUGCUGGAGGCCUUGUGGCUCUCCUGCGGCGAAGCGGGCAUGAAGGUGUGGAUGCCUCUGUUCCCGCGGGACCACCGCAAGCCGCACUCGUUCCUGUCGCGGCGCAUCAUGCUGCCCUUCCACAUCAACAUCUACCCGCUGGCCGUGCUGUUCGAGGACGCGUUGGUGCUGGGCGCCACCAACGAGACGGUGCUGUACGACGGGCUGCAGGGUUCCUCCGAGCCGCUGGAGGCGCUGUUUCCUUUUUGCACGGUAGAGAGGACCUCGCAGAUCUACCUGCACCACAUCCUCAGGCAGCUGCUGGUUCGCAACCUGGGCGAGCAGGCGCUGAUGCUGGCUCAGUCGUGCGCCUCGCUGCCGUACUUCCCUCACGUGAUGGAGCUGAUGGUCCACGUGGUGCUGGAGGAGGAGGCCACGUCGCGGGAGCCCAUCCCCGACCCGCUGCUGCCCACCGUGGCCAAGUUCAUCACAGAGUUCCCGCUCUUCCUCCAAACCAUCGUGCACUGCGCCCGCAAGACCGAGUACGCCCUGUGGAACUACCUAUUCGCCGCCGUGGGGAACCCCAAGGAUCUUUUCGAAGAGUGUCUCAUGGCUCAAGACCUGGACACGGCCGCCUCGUACUUGAUCAUACUGCAGAACAUGGAGGUUCCGGCUGUGAGCAGACAGCACGCCACGCUGCUUUUCAAUACGGCACUGGAGCAGGGCAAGUGGGACCUCUGCCGUCACAUGAUCCGCUUCCUGAAGGCGAUUGGUUCAGGGGAGAUGGAGACGCCGCCCCCAACGCCCACCACGCAGGAGCCCAGCUCAACCGGCGGCUUCGAGUUCUUCCGAAAUCGCAGCAUCAGUUUGUCCCAGUCUGCUGAUUCAGUAAGCACGGGCAAGUUCAACUUACAGAAGACCUUCAGCAUGCCUGCCGGACCCUCGAACAAAGGGCGGGACGGCGAGUGCGCCGAGAACAUGUACAUCGACAUGAUGCUGUGGCGCCACGCCCGCCACCUUCUGGAGCAGGUGCGCCUCCGCGACCUGGGCUGCUUCUCCGCCCAACUGGGUUUCGAGCUCAUCGGCUGGCUGUGCCGCGAGCGCAACCGCGUGGCCCGCGUGGAUGACUACGUCUUGGCCCUAAAGAAACUCCAUAAGGACUUCCUGUGGCCGUUCCCGGUCAUUCCCGUGGCCAACCUCAGCUCGCCGUUGAAGAAUGGUCGGUGUCGCCCUGUGCUGAACACGCUGCUCCUCAAGUCCCAGUCGGCCGACAGCCUGCUGAACAGCGACAUGGACACGGUUCCCCCUCCCGCCGCUCCCGCCAACCACACCUGGAUGGACGGCCUCAGUCAGAGGAGCAAAGACAUGGACGCCGCCUCGUCCUCAUCCAACCGACACUCGCCGCAGACGCACGACGCCUUUCUGUCGCUGCUCACCAACAAAGUGGAGGAGUACAGCAUCGGCUCGGCCACAGACCUGACAGAGAGCAGCUCGGUGGCGGACGGCGAUUGGACAAUGGUUGACGAGAACUCGUCCACUCUGAACCUGAGCCAGGCAGAGCUGGAGCACAUCUCUAUGGAGCUGGCCAACAAAGGGCCGCACAAGUCGCAAGUGCAGCUCAGGUACCUGCUGCACGUUUUCAUGGAGGCGGGCUGCCUGGAGUGGUGCGUGAUCAUCGGCUUGAUCCUGCGUGACGCCAAUGUCAUCAAGCAGGCCAUCGCGUUCCUGGCCAGCCCCGAAGUUCCUGUAGAAACCGUGCAGAGCGUGCGCAGCGGAUUAUUGGCUGUGGACGCCUGGACCUCCACUGACUGCCUGGGCUACAAAGCGUUCCUCAACGUCAUCCAGCCUCACCUGCAGCAACUGUUGGCGUCGGCGCCCGCCGAGCAAGUGCAACCAGAAGCCUUCCAACCUUCCGCCUGCCCGAGCGCCAAGCUCAGCGCUGGCGAAGGCCCGGGGGGCGUCGGCUCGGCCCGGCCCGAGGACGGCGGUGGAAGGUGCGCGGCCGCCGCCCCACUCGGACUGCUGGCACUCCCUUCUCUGGAGUCCAAACCGGUCAACGAGGAUAGGACCCCCGAUCAAACGGAGGAGCAGACAGAGGAGGAGGGCGCUUACGACUGCACCUUGUCCUGAACCCAUUUGAGCUUCUUGCUACACCCAGUAUUAUCAACCCUUCUUUAAAUUGGGAAUCAAUUCCCUCCCGACAGGAAGUAAAUUCCUUUCUGACGGCUUCUAAUUUUUUUUUCCUCAAGACUGUAAGAAGUGCCGUCAGAGUGGAAAGAACCCUCACAAACAACAAAAUGCGAUGUUUCAUACUUUCAUACCUCAUAACGGUUUUAAACAUAUUUUUUGACAGAUGUUAUUUUUCUACGCAACCAAAUCAUGAUGAAUGGAUUCUUACGAAUAUAUUAAAAAACAAGAAAAAGUAACAUUUCUACGGGGGGAAAAAAAAGGAUCUGUUCUCAUCAUUUUCCACAAUGUAUCUGGCCAGACCGCUGGACACUAUUGUUUUUACCACGUUGUAUUGUGCAUGGAGUUAAUUUUAAGGUAUUGGUCAACAUUUAUGAGAAGUAUUUAUUGUAAUUAUGAGCAUCAUCAUUUCCAAAUCCUUGAUUUUAUUUACAAUGAAUUUUUUUCUUAAAUCCAUCCAGGUGGUCUAAGAGCGUCAGUAUUAUAUCGUGCAAUGUAUCCAAAUGUUACUCGGCUUUAUUUCUUUCGGUUCACAAUUUACUUUUUGACCAAAUGUCACCCUAUUAAGUGGACGAUUACUGUUAAAUCGCAACGCAGACGGAAAACGUUGGAGCAGUGCCGUCGUCAUGCUGACGCUUUACUUGAAAAA